AACCUCACCUAUGAGAUGGAUAUUUUUCAUUCACUUUCAUCAACUUCAACCAUUUUCGCUUCAAUAAUCUUUCUUUCUUCGUUUAUAUGGAUAUUCAAGAACACUUUGAAGGUGUUGAAGAGAAAGGGGGAAGCACCAGAAGCUGGAAAUUCAUGGCCUGUAAUCGGCCAUCUCCACCUCCUAAGAGGACCCAAAUCAGCCCACAUAAUCCUCAGCGAAAUGGCUGAUAAACACGGGCCAAUCUUCACCAUCAAGAUGGGUGUUCACAGAGCUUUGAUUGUCAGCGACCAUGAAACUGCCAAAGAGUGCUUAACCAUCAACGACAAAGCCUUUGCCUGUCGUCCUUCCACGCUUGCCAUGAAGCUCUUGAGUUACAACCACGCCAUGUUUGGGUUCGCCCCAUACGGAAAUGAAUGGCGUCAACUGCGCAAAAUCUCCACUAUUGAGCUCCUCUCCAACUACCGCCUCGAACGACUCAGACAUGUCCGAGAAUCCGAGAUCAAAACCUCGCUGAAAGAGUUAUAUCAGCUAUGGGACGAGAAGAAAGAUGGAGCAUACAACGUUUUAGUGGAUAUGAAGAAAUGGUUUGAGAAUACAACUCUUAACGUGAUUCUGAGGAUGAUAGUAGGGCAACGGAUUCCGAUUUCGGGAAAUGAUGCAGAGAGUGAGACAUGGAAGAAAGCGUUGCAGGAGUUCUUUGAACUGAGUGGGAAAUUUGGGAUAUCAGAUGCGCUGCCAUAUUUAAGAUGGUUGGAUAUCGGGGGAGACGAGAGGCUGAUCAUGAAAGUAAGAAAAGAACUAGACCAAGUAGCCCAGGGAUGGUUACAAGAUCACAAGCGAAAGAGAUCAUCAACUCUUACAUCCAACGAAGAUUUCAUGGAUGUUAUGCUUUCAAUGGGAAUUGAGACUGAGAAACAUGAUGCCGAUACCAUCAACAAAGCCACCUGCCUGGGUCUGACCUUAGCAGCUUCAGAUACAACAAUGGUGGCACUGACAUGGGCUAUGUCUUUACUACUCAACAACAAGGAUGAACUGAGGAAGUUACGGCAAGAGCUAGACAUUCAUGUCGGAAAAGACAGACUGGUCCAAGAAUCAGACAUUCAGAAGUUAGUCUAUCUUAAAGCAAUCAUAAAAGAAACACUGCGUUUAUAUCCCGCCGGACCACUUGGGGUGCCCCAUGAAUCCAUGGAAGACUGCACGGUUAGUGGCUACCACAUUCCCGCUGGAACCCGAUUGUUCAUCAAUAUUUCUAAAAUUCAUCGCGACCCACGAGUGUGGUCAGAUCCUUGUGAAUUUCGGCCCCAAAGGUUCCUAUCAACCCACAAAGAUUUUGAUUUUAGAGGCAAGAACUUCGAGCUGAUUCCAUUCGGGAGUGGUCGAAGAAUGUGCCCCGGAGUUUCGUUUGCGGUUCAAGUAUUGGAAUUCGUACUGGCUAGUGUGGUACAAGGAUUCGAGUUGAAGACGCCAUUGGACGAAGCAGUUGAUAUGAGUGAAAGCCUUGGAAUGACGAACUUGAAAGCCACUCCCCUUCAACUUCUCAUAACUCCACGCCUUCCUUCUCCUUGCUAUUAGCCUUUUCAAGCCGCCCUUCUAAAAAUUUAUAAGUGCGACAUAUUUUAGAUUUCUUUAUAUAUUUCUUAUUAAAAAUCCAUUUUCGGAAAGUUUAGUUCUUCUCUCCGACUUCAUUAACAGGCCAUAAAAGGAA